UAAUUAUAUGAAUAAAAAAAAUUUAGGAUGGGAUAUUGAAGAAUAAGAGUACCUAGAUAGUUUAAUAUCGGGUAAUUUACCAAAAAUUGAGAAAAGGCAUGCAGAUAUCAAGAACCAUAGAAUUAAGUCUAUUCUAGAUUCGAAAAUUAUUAAAUGUUCUUCUUCUGUCAGACCUAGUUAGAAUAGUAAAUCUACUUAGAUUAGCACUUAAACUACUUAGACAGCAUUUUAAAAUAGUCUUACAUCGAAUUUUUAUUGUCCAAUGACUUUUACUCAUCCAUUAAGAUAUCCUCCAUUAUAAGAAGUUGUUCAUAAAUCAUCUAAAAAAUCAUAACCUCCUUUAAAAAGAAGGAAAUAUAGAUGUAGUAUUAUUAAUUUUAGUCAACCUUAACUUUUGAGUCCAUAAGCAAAUACUAAGCUUUAAAAUAUCAAUGCAUAUUUCUAAUAAAAAUAUUCAUGCAUAUAUUAAUUUUGA